UUUUUUUUCAUUUUUAAUACGUUCAUUCUUCUAACUGCUGCUACCGAUAAUAAAAUUAACUAAACGCGUGUGCUUUGAAUAAAAGAGAGAGAGAAAUAAAGAGAAAGUGAGAGAGAGAUGGGUACUGCAGAUACCGCACCAAUUGUCAAAAAAGUAUUAUUAAAUGAAAGUAAUGAAAUUAGCGAAGAUUAUGGACCGAAUUUAAAAUUAUUACCCUGUAACAAUCAAGUUAAAGAAUUACAAACAAUUUUACGGGACAAAAAUACCACGAGGAGUGAUUUUAAAUUCUAUGCCGAUCGUUUGAUUAGGCUCGUUAUCGAAGAAAGUUUAAACCAAUUGCCUUUUUCUAAACGCGUGGUUAUAACGCCAACUGGAUCAGAAUACAGUGGUUUAAAAUAUCAAAAAGGUAAUUGCGGUGUUUCUAUCAUAAGAAGCGGAGAAGCUAUGGAACAAGGCUUAAGAGAUUGUUGUCGUAGUAUCAGAAUCGGUAAGAUACUUGUAGAAAGUGAUGCAGAUACGCACGAAGCUAGAGUCGUUUAUGCCAAAUUUCCAGAUGACAUAGCAGAAAGGAAAGUCUUACUAAUGUACCCUAUAAUGGGUACAGGAAAUACUGUGAUAAAGGCCAUAGCUGUCUUAAAAGAACAUAAUGUAUUAGAAGAAAAUAUCAUCUUGUCAAAUUUAUUUUGUACACCAACGGCAGCUAAAACUCUAGUCACUGUCUUUCCCAAGAUGAAGAUCCUGACCUCAGAGAUUCAUUGUAUUGCACCAAACCACUUUGGACAAAAAUACUUUGGGACAAUUUAUUACAACAUAGGAGAGACAGGUGUACAGUGGGAGAAUUUUUGAAGAAAAUCUAAUAGAAAAAUUCAAUCGUAUAUCCUACAAAAUUUCAAAGAGAUGACAUACAUCGAUAAAUAAAAAUUCUAAAAAGCUAAUAAAAGUUAAGCUAAAUUAUAGUAAGUAAAAUAUACUUUUAUUAUUUUCUUCUUGGACUACGUAGAAUAAUAUAUAUUAUUAUAUAUACAUAUGUGCCUUGGUGAUGUGAUUAUCGUUUAAAAUAUAGUUUAUAAUACACAGAAUUUAGUUUUUUUUUUAAAUCAGUUAAGAAACAAACUCAGUACUUCGUAUUUCAUUAGGCUGUGCUUAUUUGCUAUAAAAAAUUUAACAUUUAUAUCAUAUCAUAGAAUAUUUUUUCAUAUAUUUGUAUAUCAUUAACUCUUUGUAUUGUAGAACACAAUUGUAAUAAUAUUAGUUAAAUAAGAAUAUUUGUAAAAUUAUACAGUGGAUGAUUGGUUAACGAAUACCUUACAAAACAAACAAGAAGUAAUCCUGUGCAUAAGAUUUGUAGAACUGUAUUAAUCAAUAAUCAGUCAGCAAACAAUUCGGAUAAUGAACAUCGUCUUUGAAUAGAUUAUGUUCAUUUACUGAUCAUCCAUUGUACUUAAAAAUUUCAAACAUAUUUUUUAUACAAUGAUUAUAAAUUCAUUGUUGAUCGUAUGAAAACUUUUAUGAAAGAAAAUUAACAAUAUUUUUUGUAAUUAAACAAUAAAUGUUUUCAUGUAUUACUUACCAUCUUGUAUUCAAAUUUCUUUCAUUUGUACGUACUACUAUUUUUAUAUAAUAUUAUUGGAAAUUUCAUAUUUUUACUUCUUCAAUA